GGCCGGGGCUGAGGCGGCGGCGGCGGCGGCGGCGGCAGUGGCGGCGGCAGCGGGCGGGGCUCGGCUCGGGCUCCGCGGGCGGGCGGGCGGACAUGGCGGCCAACAUGUACCGGGUCGGAGAUUAUGUCUACUUUGAGAAUUCCUCUAGCAAUCCGUACCUCAUCAGAAGGAUAGAAGAACUCAACAAGACUGCAACUGGCAACGUGGAAGCAAAAGUAGUGUGCUUUUAUAGACGACGAGAUAUUUCCAACACGCUUAUAAUGCUUGCAGACAAGCAUGCUAAAGAAAUUGAGGAAGAAUCUGAAACAACAAUUGAGGCUGACUUGACGGAUAAACAGAAACAUCAGUUGAAACAUAGGGAGCUCUUUUUGUCUCGCCAAUACGAAUCUCUGCCUGCAACACAUAUCAGGGGGAAAUGCAGUGUUGCCCUUCUGAAUGAGACAGAGUCUGUAUUGUCAUAUCUUGAUAAAGAGGAUACUUUUUUCUACUCAUUGGUCUAUGAUCCCUCAGUGAAAACACUGUUAGCUGACAAAGGUGAAAUCAGAGUGGGACCUAGAUAUCAAGCAGACAUUCCAGAAAUGCUCUUAGAAGGAGAAUCAGAUGAGAGGGAACAGUCAAAAUUGGAAGUGAAAGUUUGGGACCCAAAUAGCCCACUUACAGAUCGACAGAUUGACCAAUUUUUAGUUGUAGCACGUGCUGUCGGGACAUUCGCCCGAGCCCUUGAUUGCAGCAGUUCUGUACGGCAGCCUAGUUUGCAUAUGAGUGCAGCUGCAGCUUCUCGAGACAUCACCCUGUUUCAUGCUAUGGAUACGUUGUAUAGGCACAGCUAUGAUUUGAGCAGUGCAAUUAGUGUCUUAGUACCACUUGGGGGACCUGUUUUAUGCAGAGAUGAAAUGGAAGAAUGGUCGGCCUCUGAAGCUAGUUUAUUUGAAGAGGCACUGGAAAAAUAUGGCAAAGACUUCAACGACAUACGUCAAGACUUUCUCCCUUGGAAAUCAUUGACUAGCAUCAUUGAAUAUUAUUACAUGUGGAAAACUACUGACAGAUACGUGCAGCAGAAACGUCUAAAAGCAGCAGAAGCUGAGAGUAAGCUGAAACAAGUGUAUAUCCCAACUUACAGCAAACCAAAUCCCAACCAAAUAUCCACCAGCAAUGGCAAACCUGGUGCUGUGAAUGGAGCCGUGGGAUCCGCAUUCCAGCCGCAGAACCCUCUCCUAGGGCGAGCCUGUGAGAGCUGCUAUGCUACACAGUCUCAUCAGUGGUAUUCUUGGGGCCCACCUAAUAUGCAGUGUAGGUUAUGUGCAACCUGUUGGCUCUAUUGGAAAAAAUACGGAGGCCUAAAAAUGCCCACCCAGUCGGAAGAGGAGAAGUUACCUCCCAGCCCAGCUACAGAGGACCCUCGAGUUCGAAGUCACAUGUCUCGCCAGGCCAUGCAGGGGAUGCCGGUCCGAAACACUGGGAGCCCAAAGUCUGCAGUGAAGACCCGUCAAGCUUUCUUCCUUCACACUACAUAUUUCACAAAAUUUGCUCGUCAGGUCUGCAAAAAUACCCUCCGGCUGCGGCAGGCAGCAAGACGGCCGUUUGUUCCUAUUAAUUAUGCUGCCAUUAGGGCAGAAUAUGCAGACAGACAUGCGGACCUAUCUGGAAGUCCACUGAAAAGCAAAAGCACUAGGAAACCUUUGGCAUGUAUCAUUGGGUAUUUAGAGAUCCAUCCUUCGAAGAAACCUAAUGUAAUUCGAUCUACACCAAGCCUACAAACCCCAGCUACCAAGCGGAUGCUCACCACCCCGAAUCACACGUCUCUGAGCAUUUUGGGGAAAAGAAACUACAGUCAUCACAAUGGCCUGGAUGAUGCUUUGAUGACAUUCCUAAUGCCAGCCAACCAAGUAUCUAUCACAUUUGGCUGACUUUGGCUAACACCAGGUGGCUGUGAAGAGAGAAGGCCCUGAGAUCAGUGGGGAUAGAAGAGGCAUUACUUUCCAUGUCUGAGAGCCCAAAAGGGAGGGCAGCAGGGGAGAUGGAAUUUGUCUGUGCCAUGGAAGAAAGCACAUCUGACUGUUCAGAGUCAGAAGGGAUUAAUUGCUGGCUUCUCUGAUCAUUUCCUAUGUGGCUUUGGGUAAAUCACUUGGUUUCCUUAACCUUUUUUUUUUUUUUCCCCCUCUUCCGUAAAGUACAGAUUUCAUUUGCCUUAACGGUGUUGUUAUAAUGAUUAAAAAUUUUCACCUACUUUACACCACUUGAUCUUCCAAACACUUUAUGAGGUAGGUGUUAUAACCUGCAUUUAAAUAAUGAAAAAAUCUGAAGCUCAAAGAGAUGAAGGGAUUUGCCCAAAGUCACACUGCUAGCAAGUAGCAGAGAUGAGAUAUAAACUCCAAGUCUAAGGUUGUUUCCACUGGGUAAAUAAGCAUCCCUGAUCUGUGUGUUGAGUACAGCACGUACCUGGGACAUGUUUCUGUUUUCUGUGUAUCGGAGAUGGGUUUGUGUCUGCAAAUAUAGAGAGGAAUGUAGAGCAAUUUUUCUUUGCUCAGACUGCGAAGUGUAAGCCAUUAUUGUCUAAUCAAAGCCGUCACCUCCAUCUCCUGCCUCUGUGAAGCUCCUCUGCCCAUAUCGUACCCCCUCCUUUUUCUGGAACUUAGGGGAUAGGAGCUAUAUUAGUGUCAGAGAGAGGGGAGAAAAAAGUAAUAGAGAAAAGCCACAAUCACUUAAAGGUGAGAUCUGUUUCAAUUAAAUUAUAUGAUAUUCCCAGCAUUGACUCUGACACAUAGUAGGUGUUCAUUAAGUGUUAAGAUUCCAUCCCCUCCUUUAAAGAAGAACUAUUGUUAAUGUUCUAUUUUGAAAAUUGUUACAAUAUCAACCAAAGUUUUUUUAGUCAUAUGUGAAUUGUAUAUAAAUAAAAUGUCAAUACUUUCCUUAUAAUUACAUUGAUUUCUUGCCUAAAGGUAUGAUUCUCAAAAAAAAUGACUCUUGGAUUUGCUUGAAGGUAAAUCGGUAUGUUCCAAUGUAUAUUUGCACAUAAAAGGGGACGGUAUCUAUAAAGAAAAAUUGCCCUUAAGUUAUUUAGAAGAGUAUUAAAGACAAAAUUAGGUUUCUAAAGAGGGCUCAUUCAACUUCCUGUAGGUUCCUGUGAUGAGAGACCCUACGGCAAAGGGGAUGGAACACCAUCCACCUGAGGCAGCGAAAUCUUUUUCAGAGUGAAGGCUGGGUCAGAAAAGACUCCAGAGAUGAGAGGGCAGAGGGGUUGUACAGGCAUCUCUCACCCUGUCCUGACCCCCUAAGGAGAUGCCUGGGAUCCCCUCCCCACCCGCUGUCAAGAUGCUUGAGUUUUGGUCAAUCAGCAGAUCUUCCAUUGCACUGCACAGGGACGAGGGGACUUCCUGCUAUGUCUCCAUCUUUAUCAGAUGGGGACCCUUGAGAAUAGCUUCUGCUGUGUAGUGAUAACAGACCAAGGGAGCAUCAGCUGGGGGUGCUCUUAACCUUUCUCUGAGAUGGCAUGGCUUUUGUUCCAAGGGUACUGCUGAAGCAGGACUCAGUGUGUCAGGAAAACCAAAGGAACAGGUUCAGAAGAGAGGUGAGUUUUCAGUGGGACAGAGUCAGGUCAUCUGAGCGAGGAAGUUGAUGAAUUGUACAAUAAACUUCUUUUUAAUCUGCUCUCCUCUGGCUUAUUUCCCCUGCGGUAUGUGAGUAUACUGCAGAUCGUUAUUUUUCUUAUUCGUUUUCUGCAUUGAGUAACAUCAUUUCUCAAUGUCUUUAUACCAUGAAGAGGGUAUCUAAUGUGGAUGCCUCUAAGUAUAAUAUUAUGAUCUGGUGUGUGAAGACUGUCCUUUUGAUGACUUGUUUCUGAAAUCAGUGAUUCAGCAGCUCCAACUGUUUGUUUCCCACCCUGGGAAAUGGGUGGUGGUGAGGGCCAUUGUACCAGUGAGAGAGCUCUGGGAAUGCAUCUGCUGUCUUCACAAAUCCCAAUAAAAAUAGACUUCCAGGAGCGGCUGACGGUGCUUCUCGGCAUGCUUUGGCCCAGGCUGCCUUCUGUCAAAAUUUUUAUGUCAUUUCAGAAGACUAAACCAUUUUUUAUGGAAGAACAUUGAGUGCCCCUGGACUCACCUCUGGUCUCCUGUCCCAAGGUAUAAUGUUAUAACCUGAUUAAAUAUAUCAAAGUACCUUGGAGUUUUGUUUUUUUUAAUAAAUUUAUUUAUUGAUUAUUAUUUUUUUUAUUUUUGGCUGUGUUGGGUCUUCGUUGCUGCACGCGGGCUUUCUCUAGUUGCGGGAGCGGGGGCUCCUCUUCGUUGCGGUGCGUGGGCUUCUCAUUGCGGUGGCUUCUCUCGUUGUGGAGCACGGGCUCUAGGCACGUGGGCUUCAGUAGUGGCACACAGGCUUAGUUGCUCUGCGGUAUGUGGGAGCUUCCCAGACCAGGGCUCGAACCUGUGUCCCCUGCAUUGGCAGGCAGAUGCUUAACCACUGCGCCACCAGGGAAAGCCCCUUUCAAGUUGUUUUCAGUUUUUAUAAUGGAUCAUUAUGGCCCAGAGUUUGUUGAAUGUGAAGCAAUUAUAGAAGCUUAUCUAAUGUAUCUGGAGAGUUUAAGGACUGCUGAAGCAUCUUCUGAGGGCAGCGGAUGUUCUCUCACACUGUGAAGCCAUAGGAGCGGGGGUUGUAGAGGAAGACAGGCCCAAGUACCUUAGGUGUGAAUAAUCAACACCUUGGUGUUUUGACACAUUCUGGAAGGAUGCCAAAUUGGCCACCCCGGGACCAUUGCUGGGUUUACUAAUAAAUAUCACAGUUUCUUCCAGAGAAUAGUCUUGUCCUGACCCCUGAGGAAAAUGCUAGUGUGUGAGCCUGUAAGAGGUCUAGGUUUGAGACCCUCUCAGCAAUAUGGAGGUCUUAGAAGAGUGACUGAAGUCCGUGGUAGUUACGCAAGGGCCAUCAACUGUGAGAGCCAGCCCUGGCCUCCUCAAUAAGUGGCUCUGUUUACCUGCAAGGGUCAUUACAGGAAACCUUUUUAACCAACCUAUCCCUGUGUAUUCCCAUUCUCAGUGACGUAGAAGGUGAACCUCUGAGAAAGAAAGUGAACCUCUGACUUGAUAGCUGGGUCCCAAUUUUGGCAGGAAGGGUAGAUGCUUGGAAAAGGAAAGGGAAGACAGCAGAGGGAGGGAAUUGGGUCCCUGAGAAACAGUUCUUCCUCAGCAGAGGUUUGACUCAUUCAUCCAAAGAGCAGGCACAAAUGUCUGAGAAAGCUAUUGGGACAUCAGUAUUAGAUCUUGAUGCCCCAGGGAAAUAAAGACCAACUCCAGAAACCAAUUGAUUUAGGCAUCUCCCUACACAGUCUCUUUAUUUUUUAUUUAUUUAAUUUUAUUUUUAAAAUAAAUUUAUUUAUUUUCGGCUGCGUUGUGUCUUUGUUGCUGUGCAUGGGCUUUCUCUAGUUGCGGUGAGCAGGGGCUACUCUUCUGUGCGGUGAGGGGGCUUCUCAUUGCGGUGGCUUCUCUCAUUGCAGAGCAUAGGCUGUAGGCGCGCGGGCUUCAGUAGUUGUGGUUCGCAGGCUCUAGAGCGCAGGCUCAGUAGUUGUGGCACACGGGCUUAUUAGUUGCUCUGUGGCAUGUGGGAUCUUCCCCAGCCAGGGCUUGAACCUGUGUCCCCUGCAUUGGCAGGCGGAUUCUUUUUUUUUUUUUUGGCUGCGUUGGGUCUUCGUUGCUGCGCUCAGACUUUUCUAGUCACAGCGAGCAGGGGCUAGUACUCUUCUUUGCGGUGUGCAGGCUUCUCAUUGCGGUGGCUUCUCUUGUUGCAGAGCAUGGGCUCUCGGGCGCACGGGCUCAGUAGUUGUGGCUCGCGGGCUCCAGAGCGCAGGCUCAGUAGUUCUGGCGCACAGGCUUAGUUGCUCUGCAGCAUGUGGGACCUUCCCGGACCAGGGCUUGAACCCGUGUUCCCUGCAUUGGCUGACAGAUUCUUAACCACUGCGCCACCAGGGAAGUCCCAAAACCUGGACAUUUUAUGAUUCUGCAUCACUGAAGGUAAUCUGAGGUAUUGGAUGACAGCAGUGACUUAAAUCUGCUGGGUACUUUUUCCUCCAGUGCUCUUCAGAUCAUCUGGGAUGAAGACUUUGCGAGCUUUCUUAAUCACGGGCUGUGGCUUCAGUGCUUCCUCAGAGAACUUGGGUUUGCGAGGGUCAAACAUUUCCUGCCCGGGGAUGCUGGAGAGGGCAAGAUCGGCCGGGUCUGGCUCAUAGCCCACCGGGACCUGGAUGGUGUCAGGGUCAAUGGGGCUCGGAAUAUUGCGGUUGGCUGGCAACAGCUGGUCUGGUCUGAUGGGGCUUUGCAUGCAGUUUGGAGAUGGGAUGCCAGAGUGAAUGGGUGCAGAGGUCCGACUGCUGAGGUCCAUGACGGAGGGGGCAGCUGACGAAGCCGGCUGCGGCCCGGGAGGGUGAGGGCUGUGGUCAUGCUGAGACGGGCUGGGGGGAAUGCCAUUUUCCGACAAAAACUCCUCCAGGUCCAUGUAUUCCACCUGGAAAGUAUCUCCGUCAUAGGGAAGCGUUUUGUCCCAUAAGGUGGGUCCCAAGAAUGCUGACUGGGGGAACGUCGGGCUCUUACUCUCAUCAUCCAGCUUCUUUUCCUUUAUCUUUACUAAAUGCGUCUUCGUGAUGAAGGGGGAGCUUCAGCGGGUUCUCCAGCAAGGACCCGAGCACGCCGUAGGGAGGUGGGAUAAAGGUGGGAUUCAGUGGGAGUGGUCGGGACAUUUUCUCCAUCGCUAUGCACUCAAUUUUUUUUUUUUCUUAAAAAAAAACCCACCCCAACCUCCCCCCAAAAUGUUGCUGAGCUUCUUCCUCCGUCCUUUGCCAAAAGUUCUCGCUUUCAAGGCGGUGGAGACAAGGGAGGAAAAAAAAAUUACCUAUGUCUUUAUAAAUGCAUCUGCAUAAAAAUAUAAAUAUAUCUGCAUAAAAACAAAAAACUUUCAGGUUCCCAGUGCAGUCCCCAGGGAGCGCGCCAAGUGCCCGUGGGCUCCUCGACGACGUGCAGGAUGCUCUCACUUGCCUCGAACCCCUCGUCUUGUAAAAUGUUCAAAAUUGCGAAAAGGAAAAAAAAAGACGCAGACGGCUGCAGAGGGCGGAAGGCACCGCACCAACCGGCCGCAUCGGGUCCUCCCACCCCCUCCCCCUCCCACCCCACCCCCUCCCUGCGCCGGGGGCCGCUGCUCCCCCGGCCUCGCUGCCCACAGUCUCUUUAGAUCCCAGUAAAGAAGUGAGCAGAAGUCUUCCGAAUCUGCAGAGCCCCAGGGGCAAUGAAAAUGGAAGGAUUUGUCACAGCCUAGUUGAUCUGGAGACUCCCACUGGGUUUAUUUUAAGCUUCCCAACCUUGCUCAUUAUUUUCCUUCAGUGUUUCCUGUUUUCCCUUCCAGAUGACUGAGCACUCUUUAAGCUCAGAAAACAUGAGUUAUAAUUUAUGCGUGUUCCUCCCUCAACCAAAUAUUUAUUUUUAUCAGCAACUAUUUACAUAUCCAUGAAUAUGAAAAGUAAUUAAUGUAAAACUGAAGAGCAAGCUUGAAGGCAGCUUUGUUAUUAGAUGGAGCUUCCUAAGAAGAUAUCUGAGAAGACCCUUUCCGUGAUGGUCUGAUUGCAGCGGCACUGAGCGCCUACAGGAACCCCUCUGGGGCAGUCAGUGAGCUAGGCCAAGAGCGAGUCCUGGGGAAACAGGGCUGAUUACAUUUAAGGCAUCUGGGACCAGACAGCAGAAAAAAGGAGCAAAAUGUUGGGCCUCCUGCAUUGCUCUUCUAAUUUUCUUCUUGUUUCUCUCCAGUUUUCUUUCCCUGCAGCUUUUUUCUCUACUUUCUGGAGAGUACUACCUUACUCAACUUUAUAUUCAAACCAGAUUUGUCUAAUUUCUCCCUUUAAGUCUGCCAAUUUUUACUUCAUGUAAUUUUGAAAUUCUGUUAUUGAGUAUGUAGUUAGAAUUUUUAUGUCUUUUUGACCUUUUUAUCACUAUGAAAUGAUCCUUUUUAUUUCUGUUAAAUUCAUCUAUUUUGUCUGAUAUUAAUAUGAACACACCAGUUUUCUUUUUCUCCUGUUUUUAGUCUUUUUUUAAAGGUUUAAAAAUAGCCUUUUAUUUUUCAUAUACACAGACACACACAGACAUACACACACGUACAUAUAUGUAUGUAUGCAUUUUUUUAUGGAGAGAAAAGUUUACAUUUUAUUUUAGAACUGAGUCUGAAAAUACAUAAUUACUAGAAUUCCCUUUUUAUGCUGCUCCUCAUAUAAUUUGGAAAACAAUAAGAUUUUUUUUAAAGUUUUAUUGGAUUAUAGUUGAUUUACAAUAUUGUGUUAGUUUCAGGUAUACAGCAAAGUAAAUCUGUUUUUUAUAUAUAUAUAUAUAUAUAUAUAUAUAUAUAUAUAUAUAUCUCCAUUCUUUUUAGAUUCUUUUCCCAUAUAGGCCAUUACAGAGUAUUGAGUAAAGUUCCCUGUGCUAUACAGCAGGUUCUUACAAGUUAUCUGUUUUAUAUAUAGUGUUGUGUAUAUGUCAGUCCCAAUCUGUUUUUAGGUUUUUUGUUUGUUUGUUUGUUUUUGCGGUACACGGGCCUCUCACUGUUGUGGCCUCUCCCGCCGCGGAGCACAGGCUCCAGACACGCAGGCUCAGCGGCCAUGGCUCACGGGCCCAGCCGCUCCAUGGCAUGUGGGAUCCUCCCGGACCGGGGCACGAACCCACGUCCCCUACAUCGGCAGGUGGACCCUCAACCACUGCGCCACCAGGGAAGCCCUGUUUUUAGUUUUAUAAAUGAAUUUUUCUAUUUUUAUUAAACUCAAAAAUAAAAUGAUUCUUAUCACAUCUCUAAAGCCAGCACAUGUUGUUUCAGCACAGAUUUUAAAAACCCUAUAAAGCUAUUUUUAAUAGUAUGCUGUUUGUGUUUUGUGGAGACUGUAUCUUUCCUUACUUCUUUGAAGAUAUUAAUGAUAGUGUUUUUCGUUUCUUGAGUUUUCUUCUCCAUGAAUAAUCUAUGUCUUCCAAUUUGUGUUCUUCUCUUUGUGUGUUUUGGUCUCUAAUAUUUGUGUUAGAGGUUUCUUCCUGAUGACCUUUGGUUGUGUAAUAAUGUUUAAGAGUAGGAGACUAAAAUAAGAUGAAAUCUCUGUGCUUGAGCCUAUAGUGCACUUCACAGUAUGGUGAUCAGGCCGAGCUGUUUGUUGGGUGGCCCAAAUGGCAAUAUCUUCAGGUCUUUUUCUACAGACUGGUCAAGUUUCCCAGAGAAGAUUCUUCCCAUCUAUCUGAGUCCAUCCAGGCUGCUGUAACAAAAUAUUACAGUGGGUGGCUUAUAAACAACAGGGAUUUGUCACAGUUUUAGGGGCAGGGACGUCUAAGAUCAGGGUGCCAGCAUGGCUGGGUUCUGGCGAAGGCCCUGCUCCAUGUUGCAGACUGCCAUCUUCUUGCUGUGUCAUCACAUGAUGAAAGGAGCUAGGGGACAUGUGGGGUCUCUUUUAUAAGAGCAUUAAUCCCAUUCAUGAGGGUUAUACCCUCAUGACCUAAGCACUUCCCAAAGGCUCUACCUUCUAAUACCAUCAUACUGGGCAUUAGGAUUUCAACAUAGGAAUUUUGUGGGACACAGACAUUCAGACCACAGCGCAGUCUGUUUUCCAGAGAAUAAAGUUUUGGCCGUCUGCUUUCUGGGAACUCAAGGGGAAGAAGGCUGGCGGUCUCACCAUUCAGUAGGCAUAUGUUCACGUGAUCCCUCGGUUUGGGGAUUGGUAGCUCUGCCCUCAACUGCGCUUGGUGCCUUGUGUCCCUUAGGCCUGAGACCCUCUGUUUGGUCCUCUUUAGAGAAUAAACAUCCAGACUUAUGGGAGGUGGGCAGUUGCCUAGGGGUAUGGAGUCAGGAGAGCUUCUCAAACAGCCUUCAACUAACCCUUACUGCAGUCUCCCUCCCCCACUUCCAGAGGUGUCUGGUGUCAGUUCCUUUGUAUAAACUGGGUUCUCAGCUUUUCACACUGCCAGCUUCAGCCUUGGAAUUCUUGAGUACAUAGUCUGUUGUCACUUGUUUAUCUGCUUUCUGGGCUCCAAAAUCCUGAUAAUGGUUUCUCCUCUGGGUUUUAGAAGGGAGGGAAAUUAACUCAGAUGCCAGUAGCUGGAAACCUUAAAAAAGGUUGUUGCCAUUGCAUCAGUUGGUUAGAUAGAGUGCAGAAUCUCCAAGGCCAUGGAUUUUAUGUACUUCUGAAUAGUCAAACCAAAAGGGAGAAUUUUGUAAAAAAAAAAGUGCUUAUGAAUCAGGGAUAGUAUAGACCAAAGUAGCAUAUGUAGAUUGAUACAUUUGAGAAUUUAUUUAUAAGCAUAAAGGGAAAUGAUUUGGGCUACAUCAUCUAGGAAGGAGACCUGAGAAUGGGUAUAGAUCUUUUCCUGGGGCCCUCUGCCAUGCUGGGGGCCUGUGUAUCUGGGACCCUGCACGUGGCUCUGGUUCGUUGCUUCAAGGAAGCACAGUGGGGCUGAGGAAGCUUUGAGCAGGGAGACGUGAAGCGGUACAAGGGCAGGUGGUAAGCACUGGGGUUCUUCAGCCCAGAAUGCAAAGAGGUGACAUAUUUCAACUUAAAACCAUGGCCAGUGUGGAGAAGGGAGGUGUGACGCCAGAUCCCGAGCUGCUGGGAGGAGAGGGUUGCUUUUGAACCUGGAGCAGGUAAGUUUAGCACAGAUAGAAGAAAGCGUAAUUUACCAUGGCAGGUCGGAAGCUUGGAAAGCUAUUUACAAGCGACUCUUCUGGCAGAUGGCUUAAUUCCAUAGGGGGGUGGACAAAAAGAGAGAGGCUUCUGAGAGAUACUGGAGAUACUGACACACACAUAACCCUUAAUUUAGACACUGAAGAGGGCAGUAUGCUCUUACUGGGUUGGAUGGAGAAUGGGGCGGCUUGGAGUAGUAGGAAAAACUUUACCUGAAUUAAGAAGAUCUGCGUUCAAAUCCUGACUCCUCAACUUACUCGCCCUGUGACCUUGAGCAAUUUCCUAACCUUUCUGACUCUCACAAGGUUCUGGUGAAAGUUAAAUAAGGCAGUUCCGUAACCUAUCAAUAAAGCAAGUUAGCCCAGUCCUGAACUGAAUUGUCUGGGUUUUAAUUUAACACGUAUGUGCUGAGCCCUAUCAAAUACCAGGCUGUGUGCAUAUAUCUCCCCUAUUCUAGAAAGGCUCAUGAAGUGAAGGUGCAGCUCUGCUCUAUCCUGCAGACCUUCCUCAGGAUGGCGGGAGGCUGUGAAGGUGAGCGUCCCUGUGUCCUAACCCUGUGUCCUCUCCUGGUUGCAGAGCGUGUGAUGAGAGAGAGUAUCUGAGCCCUGCCUUGGUCCGAGCAGCUGAUCCCAUCUCAGCAGACACCCCCCACUUCCCUCCUAGCCACUUUCCUGAUAACCGAGCAGAAGUUUUCACAACAUACUGUGUAACACCAGAUGGUGACGUAGUUUGCCAGCACUUCUCCUUUUCAUUUACUUGUUUCUUUUGAGAGUGUCUGGAUGCCCAGCUCUGGGACAGGAGAGUUGAAGGUUUGGGGGCAAGUGGAGGGGGUGGGAACGACAGACACUGUGACACUGUGGGUGUUUGAGUUCACUCCCCUUCUGCAGAAAAAUAUGUCCCUAGCCUCCGAGUGCCCACAUCAUAUGAUUAGUUGUGGUUACCUCAGAUCAGGGUGUGCCUCCUGCAGGCCAGGUGUGUUCCCCAUUUCUCAGCGUCCAGUCAGAGAGGUUCCGUGAUGUUGCUCUGAUACGCAUGUCAGCACUUGCCUGGUGUGUUGCAGCGCCUUGCCGGUAACCACUACACCUGCCCAUCCAAAUCCCAGCUUUAAAGGUACUUCAGUGUCAUUCACAUAUCUUCUUGGCCUCAAUUAAACUUUCCUUAUGUCCACCCCUAAACGACAUUGCGAGCUCUCAUUUGAAUCAAUGCCCGACCUCCUUUCCUUGAAGGUUGUGAUGGUGGUGGUGGGAGGCCUGAUCCGCCCUUCCUCUCACCUUGCCUCCGCCGUCGGAACCUGUUUAACUUCGACCCUGUUUCUUUCCUUUUCCAGAAUUCACAUGCUGCGUGUCAGACUGAGCUAUCCCUGUUUAAUCCUAUAAUCCAAGACUUGCUACUCUGUUCUGCUGAUGUUUACGGCCGUGCCACGAGGCAGCCCCCUCCCCAGAGCAUUUCAGUGGGAGACCUCCACGCGCCCCAUGGAGACUCGAUGGGGCAGGGGAAGAGACUGCAGGAGUGUACAUCCCCAAGGCUGUGUCUCCUCGUGUGAAUCAGUGUCACCUUGCUUUCCUCUCAGAGACCUCGCUGCCCCAGGGGGGACCUGCCUGGGGAAUCGAGGGGCUCAGGGAGCCACUCCACGUCCCCGCUUCUCCGGCGCUCCGCACCCUGGGCACUGCGGCUCCUGGGGCAGUGGGGCUGCUGCGGGCUCAGAGCCGCUGCUGCCCUGCAUGUGCCAGCUCAGCUCUGUCAUCAGCUGUGUGGAUGUGUACACGAGGGACACGGCAUCUUUCUGAAUGGAUUUUUCUUAAGAAAUGUGCCAGUGUUUAUGCAGUUCAUGAUAUUUUCCCACAUCCUUGCUGUCACUGUCACUCAGCUUUGACCUCAAUAGGCUUCAUUCCCCAUUUUUUUAAUGGGGAAAUUUUGUCCUUCACCCCAGGCGUCCUGUAUUUGACCCCCUCCCCCACCCCCACCCCCGCCAAGGUACAGAAUUACCUACGGUUCUGACAAAACAUAAGAAAGUCGUCUUUGGGAAGCCUGUGCACUCUUUAUGUCCUCUGUACUUUGUCUUUGGAGAGCAGUUGGCAUUCUGCUCGGUUCCAUGCAGCUCCAGCAAGAGCAGGUGUUAACCUGAGCUGAGUGUGGGUAUCACUGUGACCAGCCAUCGUGUCCUGCCCUGUUCCUUCACAGCCAGAGCAGCUGACGGGCAGCUGCAGCCAGGUCAGCCCUUCUGUGAGUCGCAUUCACCCAGGUAGAUUUUAAGCAGGUGGCGUCUGUGUGGCCUAGAAGGGUGAAGUGAGAGAACUGUGUCUGCAGGUGAGUCUGUGUGUAUGACACCAUGAGCCCCCCCGACCCUUCCAACCCAAACAUAUCUGUGAGCCCCUGUGCCUAGGCCCCGGGAGUCUGCCUGCGACCUGGUUUCUACUGUCUGCGCUCGGCACUGGCCCUGCUGGCAUCACAGGCAGAGUGCUCUGCGGCUCUGUGUACACAGCCACGGGGACAGGAGUAACUUAGUGCCCCAUUGGCUCCCUGAGCAGGUAUGAGUCUGGCCACUCCCCUGCCUCUGUUUGCAGGUUCUGGCUGCAGGGCACAGGGUCCCAGCAGCGUGAAAGACAGCUGGAGUUUGACCUCCCAGGCAUCCCUGGAGUCCUCAACUGGGAGACAGCUGGGUGGCUGGUAGUAGGUGCCCCGCACGGCCAGGUGGUUGCAGGACAGAGUGGCUCCAAUUGCGCUGAACACCCCACCGCCACCCAAGCAGAGCGUGGUAUCCCUAAAAUGACGAUGACCCUCUAGAUGCCUAGAUCCUCAGAGCGUGGGUUCGGCUCAGCAGAGAGGAUGUGAUGUGUGAUGGCUGAGGGCGACUCUCGGAGCUUGAGCUGCCUUUUUCCUUUCCAACCUUGCGGUCAUCGUGGCUCCUCUUCCCAGGAGGGGUCGGUUCUCAUCUUAGGCUUUGGCGGGGUGACCCUGGGGACAUUCUCACCACUGCCAGCUCCUGGAGCUGUUCCGGCUCUUGGCUUGGGGCCCCGUGGGUGGGCCUGUGUCAGAGGUGCUCGGUGAGCCGGGCAGGGUGGCAGGCAUUGCCCUCGGGGUCCCACAGAGAAGCUCUUUCUGAAAAGACCCAGGGACAGAAGGCAACCAGCUCUCACAUCACCUGUCAUGUGCCACGUUCUCCUCUAAAGAAAGAGACAUGGCAAAGCUGUGUCCCUGUGCCCUGCCCUGGACUUGUUGUGCACAUGGACAAUAGAAGGUGGAAUGACUCCCUCACCCUUUCCCUUUCCUCUCCUGACCCACAUGAAAUGGUGACUCGUGGUUAAAGGAGCAAUUAGCCGCCAGUGACUCUGCUGUCAGCUUGUUGCGGGGAGGCCCUCCUUCCCCAGGCCAGGAGAUUUGGAGACCGGGGCCAGGCCGGGUCUGAAGGAAGAAGAGGGAGGCCUAGCCCGGUUCCAGUUAAUGUUUAGCUGUGGGACAAGUGCAGCUCAUUUGGAGCCACAUGAAGUUCUUCCUUCGCCGUGUAGUAAAAGCCCCUGGUUCUGCAGCCCGUCCUCCUUCAGGGAGGAUGCUGAAGACCUCACGCUCUCACUGCACCUCUGGAAAGUCCGCCAGCAUGGAACCUCCAGGGAGUGGACGAGGGACACCAAGGAGCCGCUAGUAUCUGCCUUUGCCACCUGAGCAGUUGGCGUGGAGAGGGUUUCCCAGCCACCCCCUUUCUUGGGGCCACAGUGUCACCAUUGUAGGCGUCGGUGGCAUGUCACCACUGUAAGCAGUGAGCUUGUGGGGUGACAUGCAGAACCUGUCUGCACAGCUCCCAGCAGACAUGCACAGGGGUGCUGUGCUGAGCCUGGUCUGUGCUCCCUAGGACAGGGAUGCAGAAGCCCGCAAGCCAUCUUCCCUCUCCCCCCGUCAUCGCCCGCCCCCCUGCAUCCCCAAGGUGGUGCAAGGGAGGGGGACAUAGCGCUUUUUAGCUUUGCCUCUCACAACUGUGCCUAGUCCCCAGCCUGGUUUCUAUCAGCCUCCAGCCAGGAAAACAGAAUCAGUCUGUGUAUUUAAAACAGGGGUUUGGGGACUUCCCUGGUGGCACAGUGGUUAAGAAUCCGCCUGCCAGUACAGGGGACACGGGUUGGAGCCCUGGUCCAGGAAGAUCCCACGUGCCGCGGAGCAACCAAGCCGGUGCGCCACAACUACUGAAGCCCGCGUGCCUAGAGCCCGUGCUCCGCAACAAGAGAAGCCACCACAGUGAGAAGCCCACGCACCACAACGAAGAGUAGCCCCUACUCACCGCAACUAGAGAAAGCCGGCAGGCAGCAGUAAAGACCCAACACAGCCAAAAAUAAAUAAAAUAAAUUAAAAAAAAAAACCAGAGGGGUUUUAAUCCAGGGAAUCAUUUAAUACAGAAACAAGAAGAGCUGAGAUGCCAGACAGGGGAGUGAGGGGCAACGCGGAGAUGGGGAACCACAGCUGGUAGGACAGAGGGGAGAGGCCAUGUUACUGGAUCUCAGGAGUCACAGCCACUGGUGGGGGCCUGGGACCACAGAGGGCCAAUGUGGUGGGAGCUGGAGCCAUGAAGAGGCAUGGUCCGUGCCAGAAACAGGUCCCUGCCUGGUCCCCCCAGGCAGAGAGGGAGCAGAAAUAGCCUGGCUUCUCACUUUCUCGUGCUCUCCAGAUUUCUGCAGCUGCCUCUUGUUAGCUAAACCCAGCUGGAAGCCAGCUGACCUGGGAGCUGGGGACAGGCAACCUGUGGUCAGCCCCCCACCACUCAGAGCAGAGCAGGGGAGGGUGGGGGCACAGGUCAGAGGGCAAACAGGUCCAGGAUGUGCAUGGCCUUGGUCCUCUCUGUGUCAUGUCCAAGCCUGGUGUUUAUGUCCCAUGCUGUCCUAAGACCCUGGUGAGGGUAGAUGUGUCUUGUAGCUUCUCUUCUGCUCUGCCUAGGCAGGAAAGCACUUUGGGGAGGCAGGGGGGACUUUAUUCUUAACACUUGUCCCAGUUUUCCAUUGGGGGGGUUUAGCCACUUAGCAGCCCCACCUCACCAUUCCCCUCAGGAAAGCUGCAUCCCAGUUUUCUGCCUACCCCUCCCCAUUCCUCUUCCCCUAAUCUCUGGUUUUCCCUGCCAGAGAACACCAGCCCAGACCAUGCAUCAGUGGUCAUGAGUAUUUACCCAGGAUAAUUCACUCAGAGCGUGAUAUUAACAGUGUGGACCGUCUGUCUGUAAGUAGAUGCCAUCUACUAAUCAAUUUGUAUCCUGUUUCCAAUAAAUUUCUGGAAAUUCUAUCUGGUUUUAUGCUGCCCUUUGCUGGGACAGUGGCUCAGCUAUAAGGCUGGGUGCAGGGGCAGGCCCCCAGCCCUCAGCAUCAGUUGCUUCCUCCCCUGUGUAGCUCUGAGGCCAGGCAGGUUAAUCUGAUGUCCCCCCGGCCGCUCAGAGGCCUUUCCUCAGGGUCCGCAGUUUCUUCUGCUGUCUCAUAAACCACAUCCUGAGGACGUGGAGGUUUCAUGCGGCCAGGCUGCCCCAGCAGGUGGCUUUUGACCAUGUCCCCAAGGCCUGGAGAUAUGAGAAGCAACAGGCAGACCUUGCCCCAUCUCUCACUCUUGCGCUGCUGUGCCUAGAGCCAGGUGGAGGACGUGUGCCAGGCCGCUCCUGUGGUGAGCUGAGGGAGCGUGCUGUGCUCCCACCUGGGGCUUUCACAGUAAGGCUCCCAUGCCAGUGAGGUGGACGCAGGAGCUGCAUGUCACACAGAUGAAGCCCAGCACCCUCUUCUGCGUCUCACCCUCCUCAGCUCUGAAAGUCAGAAAUGAACAUGUCUGAGUUGACUUAAAAGGUAUCAGGAGGCGGAUCUAAAUGCCCAGCGUUCUUCACUGUUUCCCAGGCCCUGAAACUCGCUUGGUAGAAAUUAUUCUCUGUUGAGUAUUUUGUUUCCAGCCUUUUUGACUGCAGUGUAGACUGUGCCUCAGUUGCUGUGCUAGGGCCAUCAUAGGCGCCUGUGGGACCCCUCCAGCCUUUGUUUGUGAGGUAUGCCUGUUGGCAACCCUUGUUUGCUGGAAUUUGUGAGAGGUGUUUUUAAAAAGAUACACCAAGUUUCUUUCAAGAGCUUUACUAGAGAAGCAAGACAUACACACGCGAGUUUACUGGACAAUAGAAAAGGUUGUAGGUAAGGCAAGGCUGUGCUGGUACUUGGAGGAGUCCCAGGAGAGAGGGCUCAGCAAGGCUGGACUAGUGGUCACGGAAGGUUUUGUGGACACAGAGGGACCCUCAAGGCAGAACACAGCAGCUCCCUCCGUGAAAUCCCUAACGUCGUGGUUCUUGGUGUCUUUUUAUUAAGACUUUUGGGUCUUCCCUGGUGGUCCAGUAGUAAAGAAUCCACCUUACAAUGCAGGGGACGCAGAUUCAAUCCCUGGUCAGGGAACUAAGAUCCUACAUGCCACGGGGCGACUAAGCCCGCGUGCCACAACUACAGAGCUCGCGUGCCGCAAACUACAGAGCCCACGUGCCCUGGAGCCUGCACGCCACAAGUAGAGAGAAGCCCGUGCGCUGCAAUGAAGAGCCCAUGUGCUACAAUGAAAGAUCAUGCAUGCCUCAACGAAUAUCCCACGUGCUGCAACGCAGACCCGACUCAGGCAAAAAUAAAAUAAAGAAAUAAAUAAUAUAUAAAUCUUAAAAAAAAAAAACAAAAAACUUUUU